AGGUUUUAAAAAUCAAUAUUUAGUUAAGUUUUUAUAAAAAAAGAUAAAAAUGUCUGUCAAUAUAACUUCCAUGCUUCAAUUCUGGAGAACAUUUGGACUGACUCAACUUCAAAGAGAAUUGGACCACACUGCAACCGAACUUGCAACAAGGCAAGAUAAUAGCGAUGUGUCACGCCGCAAACUUGUUGAGCAAAUGAAAACAUUCAAAAGAGUUUCCACAGAAGAAAUUAGGAAGUCUGUUGCCCCAUUGUUGAAAAGCUUUCAGCUUGAAAUUGAUUCUCUAACGAAAAGAAGCAAGUCUUGUGAAACUGACUUCCUUACGUUGUACAAGAAGUUGAUUGAACUGCCUGACCCUGUUGCUGCAUUAGAACAAGCUGAAUCUUUUCAACGAAAAAAUCAAAGAUUAAAUGAUAUUGAAACAGAAAACACAAAACUUCGUGAAACACUGGCUGAAUAUAAUAAAGAAUUUGCAGAAGUAAAAAACCAAGAAGUCACCAUAAAGAACCUUCGUGAAAGAAUUAAGGAAUUGGAACGCGAUUCUUCAUCUCGUACACAGAAGGUUAUUGAGGAGAAACAUGAGGCGCUGAAGAAAGAGUUUGCUGAGCGUGAAAAAGUUUUGCAUGAUACUCAGUUUCAAGCUGCGACUAAGUUAAGUGAGGCGGAACAAAAAGUUUCGAUGUUACAAUCUGCUCUUGAUGAAUCACAGUCAGAAUUAUUUAAUCUUAAAACAAAGUAUGAUGAGGAAAAUGCUGCAAAACAAGCAGAAGCAGAAUUGAUUCUUUCUGACUUGGAUCGUGCAAAUCAAAUGUAUGAGUUGUCAUGUAAGGAAGUUGAAACCUUGAAAGAUCAGCUGCAAGAACAAAGUAAUACAAAAGCUGUUUCCGUUUCUACCAUCGACCAAUCCAUUGAAGUAUUGUCAAGGAAUAGUCUUGAAGCUGAAUUGGCCAUGAAAGAGAAAGAAGUUUCGCAACUUGUGGAGGAUAUCCAACAUAUGCAGUCUUCCAUGGCAAAACUACGAGAGUCAUCUGCAGAAAUAAUUGUUAAGUUGGAAGAAGAACAAAAUGACAAAGAAAAGGAAUGUAAUGAAUUGAAAGCAAAGUUGAAAGAACAAAGCGACUACAUGGAACUUAAGCGCGAGCUGCAUAUUUUAAAAUCAACUGAGUUUUCUGGAGGCACAAAUGAUCCCAAAACACUUGAGAUGCUUUUGCUUGAAAAGAAUCGUGGUUUGCAAUCUGAAAAUACAGGUCUAAGAGCUGAGAAUGCUCAGCUAAAAGAAUUCUCAAACACGCUUGAACAAAAGGUUGCCCUGGCAGAAUCAACAUGCCUCGAGACUCAGGAGUUGAAUAGGAAAUUGGAGUUUGAUCUGAUGAUGAUUCAAGCUCCUGCAUCUGUUGCUCGUUCUGAUGCGGAUGGCUCUCCAUCACCACCUAGUGGCAUGUCUGGAGAGCUAGUUGCUGAUGCAAUAAAAAAUACGACAGGUCCGGUCAACACUGACAGCUCACUGCUCAUGAUAGUUUCAAGUCAGCGUGAAAGAUUCCGACAACGCAACAACGAGCUUGAAGCUGACAACUAUAACAACCAACAAACUAUACAGCAUCUCCAGGGUGAAGUGGACAGCAUCCGUGCGGAUAAUGUCAAGUUAUAUGAGAAAAUCAAAUACCUGCAAAGUUACCCAACUUCCUCCAGCACCAAGGUAUCAAUGGAAGAUGUGACAGCGAAUCGAUAUUCAUCUCAAUACGAAGAAACAUUGGAUCCGUUCACAUCAUUUAAUCGAAAGGAGAAGCAAAGAAAAUACAUGAACCUUACUCCCCCAGAGAAAGUAACACUUGGAUUGGGAAAGGUAAUUUUGUCAAGCAAAAUCGCAAGAAAUAUCUUUUUCUUCUACAUGCUUUUCAUGCAUUGCCUUCUCUAUAUUGUGUUGUACAAAUACGCAUACGCAGAUGACUGUAAACGUCACAUUGCUGAGAUGUGUUAUGAAAAAUUUGGUCCCCAGAUGAUGCCAGGUAAUGCUGCAGUAGGGGCUAAUGUUAAACAGUGACCUAAGUUUGAUGUCAUUUAUUACUGUGCUUUAUUGCCUAUGUUAAAUCUAUUUAGAAACCUUUGUUUUAAAUGUGUAUUGUGUAAUAUUAGUCUCAAUGUAUAAUAAAUGCUUAUGGCUCAUAAAUUUAAUAACUGCAUUUAUUAUUUGUCUUAUUGUAUGAUACUGCAUAAAUAACGGAAGUCCAAAACCUGAUCUGGUAUUAUUACGUGUCAUAAAAUGAAAUCAAGUUACUAUUUGUAGUUCCAUUUUAUCUUAUAAUUUGCUAAUAGUGUCACCUACAAAUAAAUAAUCAACCAUGCAAA